AUGGAAUUAAAUAAAAAUCGAAAUCUAAUAUCAAAAAGACAUUCGUGUUCAUUCUUAACAUCAAAUUCUGCUGAUAAAAAAGAUAAAUCUCAAGGAAAAACAGAGCCAAAUGAAAUUAAUUACGGAUUAUCCAAGGAUAUAUACAAUAUCAAGAAUAAUAAAUAUCCCAAACUAACUAUCGGAAUGUUCUUUGAAUUUAUGAGAACUGCGUAUCAAGUCAACGACAGCUUUGAAGGCUUGGCUGCUGUUCUAACAAAUAAAAGCGAAAUAGAUUGGAAUAAAUUGGCAAAAAUCAAUUUAAAUUUGGAUAUGACAAUCAAUAAUAAAAAGUCACCUAACAACGGUCAACUACCCAAUGAUUUUAAAUCUAAUGAAUUUGAAAGUUCUAACAAUGAAAUUUCGGAUUUAACAAAAGCGCUAAAUACGUGUAUGAGCAAAAAAGCAGAAUUCUAUAUACCAGAGAUAGAAAAUAAUAAAGUUGAUAAUAAUUUACCGUUACCUUCGACUACUAAUCAAUAUAAACAAGAAAUAAAACCUUUACAAAGCGUUCAUGAUACUGAAUCAGUACUAUUUUUGCGAACUGUAAAUUGUUCCGAAAAGCAAGACCAAUUCCAAAAUACAAAAUCUAAAGAAAAUAAUAUUAAGGAUAAAAAUCAAUCGUUGGAGCAUCUAUCACACGUAGAACUAUCAAAAACUAAAUUAAACACAGAAGAAAAAGAACAUACUUUAACAAAUGUAAUGAGAAAAAAUUUGAGUGAUAUAUUGCACGAAGGAUUGUUAGAUUCUAUACUGCCAUAUAUGCUUCCGAAGCCUGUAACAUCACAACCUAUUAUUAAAAAACCCAAUGCUAGUAUAGACAUCAAAAAAAGUACUUCUUUACCCAACAAUAUUGAUAACGGAAUAAUGAAUAAUCUAUCAAUCUCUAAAGAUAAAGAAAAAAAUAAGCAAACUAAAAAAACUGCAGAUAUGACAGAAGUAGAAAUUCGUGUAUGCGACGAAGGAAAAAAUAUGAAGAAAGAAUUUCGAUGUCCUCAAAAAUUACUUAUACAAAAAAUGCAUUAUUUUGCUGGUAUAACGACCAACAAGAAAUUAGAAGAAAUGGAUAUAUCUGUUCAUUGUGAUAUAGUUAUAUUUGACUGGUUAAUGAGAUGGGUUAAAAAAGAUAUCACUAAAAAAUCUGAAUGGCCUACUUUAGAUGCAAGCAAUGUUAUUCCGAUAAUGGUUUCUGCAUCCUUUCUACAAAUGGAACCAUUAAUAGAAAAUUGUUUACAGUAUUGUUACGACAAUAUGUCAGAUAUCUUAAAAACAUCUACAACUUUAACAUGUCUGAACGAUAAUCUUCUUACAAGAUUGGCUAAACUAUUUACAAAUGAGGAUAUAGAAAAUUUGCAAGACAAAAAAGAUAAAAUUCAAAGCCAAUUGUUCUGCCAGUUCAUCGUGUCAUUAAUAGAAAUUAAUCCAGAUAAUAAAAGAGGACAUUAUGGUUCUUUGGCUACUUUGUUUAAAUGUGGUAAAUGUAAUAAAAAUGUAGUUCAAUCAAUUUCUGAUUUCAUUCCAUGUGUUUCAACUGCUAUGCAAAUAGAUAAUAAGGGGACCAUUCAUAAUAGACAUACAAGAGAUUCAACGUGGUCAUUAAAUGAAUAUAUUACCAAUUUGCGCUUAGAAUUACGUUCAUGGCGUAAAGUAUAUUGGAGAUUAUGGGGUGAUUGUCAUUUUCUCUUUUGUCAAUGUUGUAAUACAUAUUUUUCAAUCCACCAAAUGGGUUGGUGUUGUUAUCAUCCUGAAUGCCCACAAUUUUUUGUUAAUGAGCAUCAAAGAUCUAUGCCAUUUCCAUUGGGCAGAUAUCCCUGUUGUAGUCAACGUGCUUACAGAUUUGAAGUUUUACCUAAUCAAUAUGGUUGCAAAUACAAGGAACAUGUACCAAACAUCAAAACAGAAAAUGACAUGAACAUAUUGAACAUUUUCCUAACAUAUAAAGAUAUUAUAUCUAUAGAACCACCUCAGCUAUUUUAUCCAGAAAAAAUGGUAAGAUUAGUACCACAUGAUUCAACUAUUCAACCAGGAAAAUUAAUCUGUAAGGAAACAAUGUGGUGGAACGGCUUAGAACUUGUACCAUCUAGACCACAACUAGGUCUGUUAGGUAAAGUUUGGAAUGGAUCAUUAUUCCAUAAGUCUACUCAAAUAAUAGAUUUAGACAAAUCUUUGCAAAAAGAUUAUCAUCAAACAAUGGACAAAACUUCUACUAGUUCUUCAGUUACAUGCAGCGAUGACGAUGAAUUGGAAAUAAAUAAUGAUGAUAAUACAGAUAAUGAUUCAUGUGACAGCGAAGAAUCAUCAGUAUGGUCCAGUUUAAAGACAAUUAAGAAAUCAAAAAAAAAAAUUAAAACUACAACCAUCAAAAGGGAAAAUAGUAGAUGUUGGAGUACAAAUUUAAUGAUAAGAUAUAAUCAAGAUAACCAAAGAGAUUUUGAAGAAAGAGUUAAUGCACAAAUGAUUUCGCUCUUAACAAAACGAACAUCUGUAGAACACAUUUUAUUGGCAAAAUCAUAUAAUAGACAACGUAAUCAAAUUUAUAAAAAUAUUUUACCAAUAGGUGGAACCUAUAUAAGAUUAGAAGCAGAAUUUCGUGAUCAAUUGGCUCACACUUAUAAAAACUCCUUAACGGGAAAGAAUGCAAUGCGUUUUAAAAAAUAAAAAAAUUGUAUUCAAUACGUUUUACAUGUUUUUGUAUAAUUUCUAAU